CCCCACGGCCGCACCCACCUACCCACCACCCACCCCCGUCGGGCCGGGGACCCCUCGAUCUCCCCGCAGCGCAUCCCGGGCCCGCCUCCCGCGGGCAGGGAUCCGCCCCAAGCCCCCAGCCAGGCCGGCCACGCCCUCCCGGCCGAGCCCCCCGCGGACCCGCCGCCCGGGAUCGGGGUGCCGGGGAGCCCGAUUGCGUCUCCGGGCCGCAGUGCGCGCGGCACCCCCCGCGCCCAGCUCGCCCCGGCCUCAGUUUCCCUUUCCCUGCCCCUGCCUGACGCCUGCGCGCCCGCCCCGCCGCUGCAGGUGCCCCCCGGGGGCUCGGCCCGCGCCCCCUCUUUGUCGAGAGCCUCUUUGUCUCCGGGAACCUCGGCCGCCGGCUGCCGAGGCACCAUGAUCGCCACCGCCAAGGAAAAGAAUAAGAACCCCAAGGACAGCAUGACUCUGCUCCCCUGUUUCUACUUCGUGGAGCUGCCCAUCGUGGCGUCCUCCAUUGUGUCCCUGUACUUCCUGGAGCUGACCGACCUCUUCAAGCCUGCCAAGGUGGGUUUCCAGUGCUACGACCGGGCGCUCUCCAUGCCCUACGUGGAGACCAACGAAGAGCUCAUCCCGCUGCUCAUGCUCCUCAGCUUGGCCUUCGCUGCGCCCGCAGCCUCGAUCAUGCUGGGCGAAGGGAUGCUCUACUGCCUCCAGUCCCGGUUGUGGGGGCGCAGCGCGAGUCCCGGCGGGGCUGAGGGCACCAUCAACGCGGGAGGCUGCAACUUCAACUCCUUUCUGCGACGCACCGUGCGGUUCGUGGGUGUGCAUGUGUUCGGGCUGUGCGCCACAGCCCUGGUGACCGACAUCAUCCAGCUGGCCACGGGCUACCACGCGCCCUUCUUCCUGACCGUGUGCAAACCCAACUACACGCUCCUGGGCACCUCGUGCGAGGCCAACCCCUACAUCACGCAGGACAUCUGCUCCGGCCCCGACACCCACGCCAUCCUCUCUGCUCGGAAGACCUUCCCGUCGCAGCACGCCACGCUGUCCGCCUUCGCCGCCGUCUACGUGUCGGUGAGUCUUUCCCCCCACCUCCCCCCACAGCCGCUCAUCGCCCAGUCGGAACCCCCACCCAUCUCUGACCCCACCGGCCGCCCGCAGAUGUACUUCAACUCGGUCAUCUCGGACACCACCAAGCUCCUGAAGCCCAUCCUGGUGUUCGCCUUCGCCAUCGCGGCCGGCGUGUGCGGCCUCACCCAGAUCACGCAGUACCGCAGCCACCCCGUGGACGUCUACGCGGGCUUCCUCAUCGGAGCGGGCAUCGCCGCCUAUCUGGCCUGCCACGCGGUGGGCAACUUCCAGGCGCUGCCCGCAGAGAAGCCCGCGGUCCCGACGCCCGGCAAGGACGCGCUGAGAGCCCUGACCCAGCGUGGCCAUGACUCGGUGUACCAGCAGAACAAGUCGGUGAGCACGGACGAGCUGGGCCCCCCUGGGCGGCUGGAGGGCGUGGCCCGGCCCGUGGCCCGCGACAAGACGUCGGUGGGCAGCCUGAAGCGUGCCAGCGUGGACGUGGACCUGCUGGCGCCUCGCAGCCCCAUGGGCAAGGAGAACAUGGUGACCUUCAGCCACACGCUGCCCCGCGUCAGCACCCCGUCGCUCGACGACCCCGCCCGCCGCCACAUGACCAUCCACGUCCCCCUGGACUCGUCCCGAUCCAAGCAGCUCAUCAGCGAGUGGAAGCAGAAAUCCCUGGACGGCCGUGGGCUGGGCCUGCCCGACGAGGCCAGCCCCGGGCACCUGCGCGGCCCGGCCGAGCCCAUGGCGGAGGAGGAGGAGGACGAGGAGGAGGAAGAGGAGGAGGAGGAAGAGGAGGAGGAGGAGGACGAGCGCGAGGGCGGCGGCCCGGCGCCCCCCUCGCUCUACCCGACCGUCCAGGCCCGGCCCGGGCUGGGGCCCAGGGUGAUCCUGCCGCCGCGCCCCGGGCCGCAGGCGCUCACGCACAUCCCCGAGGAGGGCGUGCAGGCGGCGGCCGGCCUGUCGCCCAAGAGCAGCGCGGCCGUGCGGGCCAAGUGGCUCCUGAUGGCCGAGAAGGGCGGCGCGGUGCCGGCCGUGGGCGCACCGUCGCAGCCCCGCGUGGCCAACCCGCCGCGCCUGCUGCAGGUCAUCGCCAUGUCCAAGGCGCCCGGCGCGCCCGGCCCCAAGGUGGCCGACGCGGCCUCCUCCUCCAGCGCCAGCUCCGACUCGUCGUCGCAGUACCGGUCGCCGUCGGAGCGCGACUCGGCCAGCAUCGUGACCAUCGACGCGCACGCCCCGCACCACCCCGUGGUGCACCUGUCUGCGGGCAACGGGCCCUGGGAGUGGAAGGCGGCGGGCGGCGACGGCGACGGCGCCUACGAGCUGGGCGACCUGGCGCGCGGCUUCCGCGGGGGCCCCAAGCCGCUGGGCGUGUCGCCCGGCUCGUCCGUCAGCGACGUCGACCAGGAGGAGCAUCGCUUCGGGGCCGUGGCCACCGUCAACCUGGCCACAGGCGAGGGGCUGCCCCCGCUGGGCGCCGCCGACGGGGCGCUGGGGCCCGCCAGCCGCGAGUCCACGCUGCGGCGCAAGGCGGGGGGCCUGGGGGCCGGGGACGCGGUCGCCGGGGAGACCGAGAGCUACUUCCGCAAGAUGCAGGCGGCCCGCAGGGUCAAGGACUGA